UGUUGUUCAAUAUUUCGCACUACUCAAAAGUUAACAAGUACAAUAAAUAGAUGUGAGUAAUUAAUUUCAAUUUGAGUGCGUGAAGUAAAACGACUAUACUUGUAAGUGUGCGAAAACAUCGGUAAAAUAAAUUUUCUCCUAUCUAUAAAAGUUGGAAUUUUAUAUAUCAAAUAUAAAAGCUGUGGAAAACCGGUUUAAUGUCUGCUUAGCGCAUUGUUUGUUUUUUUUUACUGCUGGAAAAAAUCUGCGAUGAUGCUGUAAUAUAUAAAAAUAACGCGAAAUUACUAAUAAGUCAAUAAAAGAUUGGUGAAAAGUGUUAAUGUAUGCAAAGAGAAAGCAAUUUUUUAAAAGUAAACGAAAUAUUAAAAUAUCAAAAAAGAUAUUUUUAUGAAAACAUUCAAACCAGUGCUAAGUGAAUACAUUAUCAUCAUAUUAGAGAAGCAUUUCUUGUGUAAUGAAGUAAAGUUGCAUGUUAUGCCAGUGUGUGAGUGCUGCCGACAGCCCAUUGAAUCAUCAACGCUUUUCUAAAGCCAAAUAAAAGCUGGAACUAUGCUGCAAAUAAUUUAAUCAUCUGGAGCAAUUGCGACUUUAUCACCGCACUGCUAAGUUAAUAUAUAAAUAUACAUACGCAUAUAUACUCGUGUAUGUAUAUGUACGCCUAUAUAAUAUUUAUAUAGCAUCAGCGUCAGUCUACUUUUCGUUCUUCGCUAUUAAAACAUUGGCGCAUCCGCCAAACGCUCAACGCAAAAUGUCCGCAAUAACAGUAACUUAUUGCAAAUUAUUUGCGCAACUCUUCAUACUCUUGAGCAUAAUCAACAUUGUCUAUUCGAAUGAUAUGCUAGUCAGUCUAUCUGAGGGCUUGGAUGGACCCAAUGUCUGCAAGAAGCGUGAGAAUUAUCCCGUCGAAGUGACCACCACCGAAUUGCAGUCAUAUCAGGAGCGUCAAACGGUUUGGUGUCUCAAUGUGCCGCCGCGUUGCUCCUCAUAUCAAAUCAAACAUCGUACGGUGAAUAAAACGCGUACGCUUAUGAAAACGCGCAUUGUGCGCGCUUGCUGUGAUGGUUACACUGAAAACCCGAAUGGCGAUGGCUGUAUUCCGAAGUGUACACAUGACUGCGAACAUGGCAAAUGUAUUGCACCGGAGAAGUGCAAAUGCGAGCAAGGCUGGGGUGGCGAUACCUGCGAUUUAAAUUGUCCGGCGGGUUACUGGGGACGUGAUUGCGGCAAGCAAUGCGACUGCUUGAAUAAUGCCACCUGCGACCCGGCCACCGGCGAAUGCGAGUGCGCCAAAGGAUAUCGGGGUGAGAAGUGUGGCGACACAUGUCCGCCAGAUCAUUACGGUGCCAAGUGUAUGGAGGAGUGUCGCUGUGAGAAUGGCGGCAGCUGUCAUCACAUCUCGGGCGAAUGCAGUUGUGCGCCCGGUUAUACGGGGCCAUUAUGUGAGAGUUUAUGUCCGGACGGCAAACACGGCGUGCAGUGCAAACAAGAUUGUCGCUGUCAGAACGACGGCACAUGCGAUCCGCGCAGUGGCGCUUGCCUGUGUCCGCCCGGUUGGACGGGUGACGUCUGCGCCAAUAAAUGUCCGAUUGGUUUCUACGGCGCACAGUGCAAGGAGCAAUGCGAAUGCUUCAAAGGUGGACCGUGUCAUCACAUCAGCGGCCAAUGUGAAUGUCCGCCCGGCUAUUUGGGUGAGCUCUGCUACGACGAGUGUCCGCUCAACACUUACGGCUUGAACUGUACGGAGAAGUGCAAGUGUCAGAAUGAUGGUACCUGCGACAAGGCGACCGGCGCUUGUCAAUGUGCGCCCGGCUGGAAAGGUGACGAUUGCAGCGAACGCAUUUGCACAUUCGACAAGUACGGUGACGAUUGUAAUAAGACGUGUGAUUGUGAUGCGCUCAACACGCAAUACUGCCAUCCGGUGUCGGGCAAGUGUUACUGCCAGAAUGGCUGGAGCGGCGCGCAGUGUAAUCGACCAUGUCCGUUCCUGAAGUAUGGACCGAGCUGUGAAUUGAGUUGUGAGUGUGCGAAUUCGGCGCGUUGUUCGCCCGUCAAUGGCACGUGCAUAUGUGCGCCGGGCUAUCAGGGUGAGCGUUGCGAGGAGCGCUGUCCGGAGGGACGUUACGGGCAGGAUUGCGCGCAGAAAUGCGAUUGUCAGAAUGGCGCGUUGUGCUCACAUGAGACGGGUCAAUGCAGCUGCACCGCCGGUUGGCGGAAUAUCAAAUGCGAUCGUCCAUGCGAUCUGAAUUCUUAUGGUGAAAAUUGUAAAUUCAAAUGUAAUUGCUACAAUAAUGCCGGCUGUAAUCCACAAAAUGGCUUGUGCACUUGCGCGCCCGGUUGGAUGGGUGAGAAGUGCGAUCAGAAGUGUGAGCCGUUCACCUUUGGUCUCGGCUGCGAGUUGCAAUGCGAAUGUGAUGCGAACAAUACGAUCGCCUGUGAUUCGGCGAGCGGGAAGUGUGUCUGCAAGCAGGGUUGGGGAGGUGUACAUUGCGAAACCAAUUGUCCCGUUGGCUAUUAUGGUGAAAAUUGUGAUCAAGUUUGCAGAUGCCUGAACAACUCUUCCUGCGAUCCCGACAGCGGACGUUGCAUAUGUGCGGCUGGCUGGACUGGCGUCGACUGUUCGGAGCCGUGUCCGCAUGGCUUCUUCGGCGUUGGCUGCAAGGAACGUUGCCCCGAUACGGCGCAAAAUAAUACCAGCUGCGAUCAUAUUACCGGUGAGAUUGUCUGCCGCCCCGGCUAUAUUGGUUUGACCUGUAAGCAUCCCUGUCCGGACGGUUACUAUGGUCCUGGCUGCAAGAAUAAAUGUCAUUGUGAACAUGGCGGCGAGUGUAAUCAUGUAUCCGGUCAAUGCUUGUGCUUGCCGGGUUGGACUGGCGCCAAUUGUAACAUCUCCUGUCCGGAUGAAUACUAUGGUCCCAAUUGUGCCCAGCAUUGUCGUUGUCAAAAUGGUGGCACUUGUCGCAAGAAUGACGGUUUCUGUGUUUGUCCCGCUGGCUGGAUGGGUACACGUUGUGAAGAAGUCUGUCCCGAAGGCUUCUACGGCAAACACUGCAUCACCCAAUGCGAAUGUCCAUCACAGAACUUCGUCUGUCACAUUGCUGUCGGCUGCGUUUGUCGCAAGGGUUAUACCGGCGACAAUUGUGAUCGCCUAUUGGCGGAAGAACGCAUACAAGAGGCGCAGGCGGGAUCCAAUCGUUCAGCCGUCGUCUGGGGUUCAUUCAUUUUCCUCAUCUUGUGCGGCAUUAUUAUGGCACUCGUCUUCUACUAUCGUCGCCGUGUCUCGAAUUUGAAAACCGAAAUCCAACAUGUGCAGUAUAUAAGCGAUCCCAGUCAGAAUUGGGCGGAUCGGCACAAUUUCGAUAAUCCCGUUUACGGGUUUCCAGAGCAGCAGCAACAACAACGUUUACUGAACAAUAUGCGUCCAAAGAUCAAUAAUUUGGGGCGCAGCGAUCUUUACAAUUAUAACUCGAAUUCCAGCACCGGCUCAGCUGCUUCGUAUUCUGGCAACUUUUCGCAUGAUAUGUCCGCCAAGAAUCUAACUGCUGAUCUCACCAAUCCGAAUAUCUAUAAUUCGUAUGAAGAUCCGCUGAAAGUGGAGCAUGUCUACGAUGAAAUCAAACAAAAAGAGGGUUACAAUAAUCCCGUCAAAGUCUAUUGCAAGCAACUAUUUCCUGAGGGUAAGAAAACGAAUUCAAGCCAACAAUAUGUGAUCUGGUAUGAAUACGAUCAUUUGGAUUACUCGCGGCCGAGUACGUCGCAGAAGCCGCACUAUCAUCGCAUGAACGACACGACGCUCAAUAUAAACAGUGACGAAGAAAAGCCGAGCAACUUGAAGGCAAUGAAUCAACUGUUAGAAAAGCCAAACGCUCCAAAUGGCAAUGCGCUGACAGCGUUCGAGGAAGCGGCCGAAGAAGAAGCAGCCUCAACGUCUCUGGCUGCGCUUACCAAGCAGUAUAUGGCAAGUGCGGAGGAUACGACAAGUGAUAGCAUUUGCGACAAUGCAUCGACUGCCUCACCCAGUUCCAAUACAAGUCAAGCUAUAUAAAUUAUAUAAAUACGCGUAACGGUAGAAACUGUUUGUGCACACAUGCAUACAUACAAAAUAUUUUUUAAAUGCUGUGUAUGAAUGCGUGCAAUUAUAUUUGCUAAGAAGUUUGCUAGAAAUACAAGUAUGUAUGUAAUUUAUGCAACGUGAACUCUAAAAAUUGUCAUAGCUCAGGACUGCGAAGGAAAUUUUAUUAUUAUUUUUUUUGUAGUUCUUGUACGUGCAUUCGUAAUAGCUGCAAGCAAGCAAGCAAUACAUAUU